AUGGAGGAAAACCGUGGUAUCAACAGGUUGGUAACUCAGUUGGCAGUUGUUAAGACUGAUUUGUUUCAGUUGAGAGAGAUAUCUGUCUCUAUUGGCGGCGAAGCUGUGUACCGAAAGCUGUGUAGAGAAUCUGAUCCUGAAAAAAAAGAAAUGCUGUACGGAGAAUUGAGAAAGAUAACUGAUAUCGAAGAACAAAGAGAGCUGUUCGAAAAGUUGUAUUGUAUUUGUGAUACCAAUACAAGAAAGCGGUUUGAAAAAACGGUAUACAUCUCAUUUGAUAAUUCUAGAAAUUAUUGUUUCCUUCAGAUGCUGAAAAUAUCUGAUCCCGAGAAAAAAAGAGAAAUGUUCGAAAAGCUAUACAUUCAAUGUUCUCAGACCAAAAAUCUAUUCAUUUCGAAGUUUAAUUAA